AUGUACGUGAUAGCCAAAAAUGAUGGAGCUUUCGCUCUCCAAAAGGGUCUCGCGCCAGCUAUGGUUUUCGGUUUCUGCAUGAAUUCUGUGAGAUUAGGUACGUACCAUAUAGCUGAAGUUAAGGGUUGGAUGAAGACAAAAGACGGGGACAUUAGUUUACACAAAACUAUAUUGGGGUCGAGUUUGAGUGGGGUUAUGAGUGGAAUAGCCGCUAACCCAGCAUCUUUACUGAAGACUAGAAUACAGGCUGCAGCUCAUCCUAGCAUAGCAGUGGGCAGACAGCAUGCAUAUAAAGGAAUGGUAGACGGAUUUUUAAAAAUAUAUAGAAUAGAAGGCAUCAAAGGAUUCUUCGCCGGCGUACAUGCAUCGUGCACCAGGAUAGCUAUAGGCAGUGCUGCUCAACUAACAACUUUCUCUACUUCAAAAGAAACAUUGCUGUCUUAUGGGAUAUGUGAACAAUCUCCUAUCGGCCUCGCUUUCACCGCGAGCUGUAUGAGUGGUAUCAUGGUAGCGCUAGUGAUAUGCCCCCUUGACGUCGUCGCAGUACGACUUUUUAACCAAGGUCCUGCAUCAAAAGGUGAACUUCUCUACAAAGGAGUAUUUGACUGUAUUAGCAAGAUCUACAAAACUGAAGGUUUACAUGGUCUAUAUAAAGGAAUAGGCCCGCUUUACCUCAGAAUAGCGCCACAUACCACGUUAUCUCUGGUUAUAUGGGAUAUGCUUAACGUAUUGAUGAGUAAUAAAAAAAGC